AUGGAACACCCAUCAUAUCCUAUACCUGGCGGAUUACACAAAAUACCGGAUGAUUUGCUUGACCUGCGUCCCGAUGAAGAAGUUGAUCAAGAUCUUCUCAACCCCAAACCUGUCACAGAUGUGAAGAAUAUAUGGUUCUUCUGGCACACUGGUUACAAAAAUAUGCAUCCAUACACACAACGCAAUCCUUCUUCGCCGCUUAAUGUUGCUAAUUUUCUGGAUAUCGCUGAUCCAGGUACUUUCCCUCGCGCCUUUGUGGACGGUACGAUUGGCGGAGAUUAUGCACCUCAGCAUACCUCUGAUCUAGUGCGAUGGCCGUUGUUACUCAAAUAUGGCGGCGUAUAUGCAGAUGUGGGCUUGAUGCAGAUUGGAGAUCUAGACCGUCUUUGGAACGAAACAGUCGGUAACCCCAACUCACGUUUCGAGGUUCUUUCUUACAAUGCCGGCGGAGUAGACGGUCGUAGCUUGACAAACUACUUCCUUGCAUCUAAUUGUAACAACUCCUUUUUCGCAAGAUGUCAUCGCCUUUUUCUUGAGCUAUGGGCCGUCGAUGGCGGGAAGACGAGCACGGAUGGAAUGCACUGUAGUCCUCUGUUGAAAGGAGUACCGCUGAUGGGUGGAGAUUUCACCAUUCAAGAAGACGAUAAAGUUUUAGGCAAGGAAGAUGUGAGCCGCUUGUUGACAGAUUAUAUCAUUCAAGGACAAGUUCUGACUAUGGUCAUGGGACUUGUCGACGAAGAGGAUGGAUGGAAUGGACCGCAGUACGUGGCGGACCAUAUUUACGGCAUUGAAUUCAUGGAGGGAUGCCAACUCAUUAACGAAUUUACAAAGUGGGAUGGUCAAAAGGCAUUCGAUUUGAUGUCUCUACCGCUUCCGAGACACGGUGAGCUAGAGAGCCCGGAACAGAGACAAGCUAGAGAGAUCGUGGUGAGCUGCUUACGGAGAAGCUUUGGUUUCAAGCUAGCACAUGGAUUGAUAUUGAGGGUAUUCAAAGUAACGCUCGGUUCCUUGUGGAGGGAUAACCCUGGCUCAGAUAACGUCCCUAACACAUAUGCACAUUGGUUACGGCAUGCUACGACUUAUUGGAAUCAGGACCAUAUUCCGUCAACGCUGGAAUUCAGGGUUAUUCCACCAUUUAAAAAGGGCCCAUUGUUAAGGCCGCUAUAAAUAUUAUCCUCAUACUGGGCCAUGAAUUUACGUGCAGACCAUAUCUCGAUAUUACAAUAAAAUCUUUCAUAUACAGCGC